AUGCGUAGGCUGCGGGGUCGCUGGCCAUGGGCAGUUGAGAAGGGGUUUGAAGAUUACGGCGAUGUCGUACGAAUCGCACCCAAUGAGAUCGCCAUAUUUGGGUACAAGCCGAUAGUUGAGGCUCACAGGAUAUCCUUCAUCGUAGACGUCUUGUUGCCUGGAAAGACGGAUGACGCGCUGGCCUUCUUGAAGACAGAAGAGCUUGGAGCUCUCGCAGGAAAGCACAAGGGUUUUGCUGCUGAUACAGAUCCAAAAAUCCAUCGUCAUGUCAGAAAGGCCAUGGAACCAAGCUUCAACAUGAAUGCGAUCAAGCGAUGGCAAGAGCCGGUUUUGCACAAGCAUUACGACCGAUUCAUUCGAAAGGUCGAUGAGGCUUGCCGAAGCGGUCCCAUCAACUUGACGGAGUGGAAUGAGUGGCUAAGCAUGGAUCUUGCCGGUGACCUGACAUUUGGACAUGACUACGGCAACAUAGCAAAGGGGAAAGCCGGAGAGUUCCUUGAGACAUUUUCAAAGUUGAGCUUCUGGGGCACCGUGAACCAGGUCUCUGCACGCUUCCCCCUUCUUUACCCGUUCGUGCUGCUUGCCUUGAGUCCUAGCUUGGCGACAGUAGCGCCGAAACUCCAGCGCAUCAACAGUAAGUAUAUUAAUGAUCGGAUCCGCCUCAGAGAUUCCCUCGAACACGAAGACUUCAUGUCGUCUCUUAUUAAAGAGGGCGGAGAACCGCCCGAAGUCGACUUUCUUGUUGCACAGAGCAUGAACGUGGUCAUAGGCAACGCUGAAGCCACUUCGAACAUGUUCACGGUGUCAGUACAUUUUCUCGGCAUACAUCAAGACAAACUCGAAAAGCUGAAGAUGGAUAUUCGGGAUCGAUUCACUUCCUAUGAAGAGAUCAAAUCCGACAAUGUGCAGAAUAUUACAUGGCUCAAUGCUGUCAUUAAUGAGGGUCUUCGACUAGCCACUCAGGGCACUUCCGGUCUACCUCGCAUCAGCCCUGGAGGUUUCGUUGAUGGUCACUACAUUCCGAAAGGGUACCGCGUUCAAACUAGCUUCUGGGCAGUCUUCCACUCGGAGCGUUACUUUGCGAAACCACGAGAAUUUCACCCGGAGAGAUGGCUUCCGAAAGAUCAUCCAGAUUAUAAGAGGGAAUUUGAGGAUGACAAGCUUUCUGUAUUUCAGCCGUUCAGCAUUGGUACCCGGGGCUGCAUUGGUCGCAAAACGGGGCUGUUGCAGGCACAGCUGAUGAUCUCCAAGAUGGUGUGGGCCUUGGAUUGGGAGCACAUAAAUCAAGACGAGAUGGACUGGGAACGUGAUCUGAGAAGAUACGCUAUGAACCAGCUGCCCAAGGUCGUUGUUCGUUUCCAGAAGAGGUCUACAUAG